AUGUCUGCCAACAUCGAUAAAUACGCCGAGGAGCGAAACAAACGCCUCCGACCAGAGGGAACGGCACAGUACAUCAAUCUAGCCGACUCUGACCUCCGGAAGCUUGUUGCUGAUCCUUGGGUAAACUACGAGGCCCUCGCCCGCCAAGAUCAACCCCUUCAAGAUGGCGACAGCACGAAAUUUCUCGUUAUCGGUGCUGGUAUUAACGGCAUAACCUAUGCUGGUCGUCUUGUUGAGGCUGGCUUUAGCGCUCAAGACAUCGUCCUUAUCGACAUCGCCGGCGGGUAUGGAGGUACCUGGUACUGGAACCGCUACCCAGGCCUGAUGUGCGAUGUUGAAGGCUAUUGCUACCUGCCGCUACUCGAGGAAACUGGCUAUAUGCCAAAGCACAAGUACUCCUUUGGGGGUGAGAUUAGGGGCCAGUGUGAGCGUGCUGCAACUCACUACGGACUUCGGGCAAUGUUCUCGACCAAAGUGGACAGCCAUGUCUGGAAUGAGGCCAAGGGUCGUUGGAUCAUACAGAUGACUCAAUCUUUUGGCAACGUUCAGCCUCCGAAGCAGAUGACGGUACAGGCUCAGUUCCUUUUCCUCUGUGGCGGCAUACUCGCCAUCCCUAAAGCUCCAGCGCUGCCAGGACUUGCCGAAUUCAGUGCUCGAAAUGAAAUCUUUCACACCUCUCGUUGGAAUUAUACUGUUACCGGUGGUAGCCAAGAGCAGCCUGACAUGGUCAACCUGAAAGACAAACGAGUAGCCAUUAUUGGAACUGGAGCCACAUCAAUCCAAGCCGUACCCCAUCUGGCGAAAUGGGCAAAGCACCUUUACGUCAUCCAAAGAACUCCCUCAUACUGUGGAGAGCGAGCUCAGCAGGAAACGACGCCUGAGACUUGGGACAAGGUGACGGAAUCAGGCCCAGGAUGGCAGCGUCGUCGGAUGACCAACUUGAACAGCUUUCUAGUUGCUGAUCCGGAGCCUGUAGACCUCGUCGACGACGGCUGGUCCAGGAACCAAGCUAGAUCCGGCCUCAUUGGUAGCUCCUCCCGACUGAGGGAACAAGCCGAGACAGGGGAGCAUAUUGAUGCGCUACUAAAGAUGGACGAACCUAUUGCCAAUGAGCUUAGGGCCCGUGUCGACAGUGAGGUGCGGGAUCCCAACACAGCUGAGAAACUGAAGCCAUGGUAUCCUGGGUGGUGCAAACGACCAACAUUCAACGACGAUUAUCUUGCCACUUUUAACCGCGACAACGUGACUCUUGUAGACACAGACGGAAAGGGAAUCGACCGCUACACGGAACGCGGCAUCGUCGCGGGUGGUCGUGAGCUUGACGUUGACGUCCUUAUACUUGCUACUGGUUUCGCAGUAUCAAUCCACUUGCUCCCUGAAGAACUUCUCAAAGCCAGUAUCAUUGGUCGCGACGGACGCCACCUAAAAGACAAAUGGGGAUCAUCCGAACAUGGAACCCUCUUCGGUGUGGCUACCAAUGGGUUCCCUAACCUCUUUUCCCGAUUCAAUUCCAGCGCAUCGUCGUAUAAUAUGACCUCUGCUUACGACAUCACUGGACGAUUGAUUGCGCAUAUUAUCGCCCAGGCGACAAAAGAUUCUAAGCAACCAGAACGUCUAGUGAUUGAGGCUGAUAGGAGAGGCGAAGAAAAGUGGAUGGCCCAAGUGGUUAAACAGGCAGUGUGGUACUCAGUCUUGACUAUCUGCACGCCGUCAUACUACACCGGUGAGGGGAAAAAGGCUCCUUCAACACCUGAGAACAAUUACCGACAGGCUUUGAUGACUGGUUGGGCAUCGGGGAUUAAUGACUAUGAGCGUAUAGUGACCGAGUAUGCCAAGAGGACGAGUGAUCAACUUGAAGGCUUUGUCGUUCGAGAGGUUUGA